AUGAAGGGCCAAAUUACUGCGUCUCUCGGCCUUUUCGCCAAAUUGGCCGCCUCUUCUGUCAUCUACAGCGGCAAUGGAUAUGGAACAUACUACUACGAUAUUCAGCACCCUCAGUCCUGUGGCCAGGAUCUCUCAGUCGCAAACACGGGCAAUGUCGAAUGCAGCCAGUUCCUCGCCCUGAACCUGAACCAGAUCAACAGCAACAACCUCGUUGCCAUGAACCACAGUUUGAUUGCCAGCAACUUGGCCCAGUACUGCGGUAGACAGGUUGUCGUUAGCGUCAACGGAGUGGCAUCGAGCACUCCAUUCUUCAUUGGUGAUGGUUGUGAGAGAUGCGGCACCGGAUCGUCUACUGGCCCUUGGAACCCGAGCGGAGCUCCCGGUCUGGAUUUCAGCUUCUCUGCUCUCUCCGCACUGAACGGACAGGCAUGCAACCAAGGCCACAUCGACAUUAGCUGGCAGGUCCUGGAUACGACUCUUUUCGACUUCGACAGCAACGCCCCCGGCCAGCCUUGGGGUCCUGUUAGCGGUGGUAGCAACCCUGGAAACGGCGGCGGCGACCCUGGUUCGUGUACUUGGGCAGGCCACUGCCAGGGCGCCAGCUGCUCCUCGGACGAUGACUGCUCAGACUCUCUCGUCUGCAGCAGCGGCAAAUGCAGCACCGACUCCGGCAGCGGCGGUUCUGCCCCCCCUGCUACUUGCACUUGGGCAGGCCACUGCCUGGGCGCGAGCUGCUCUACCGAAGAUGACUGCUCUGACUCCCUCGUCUGCACCAACGGCAAGUGCAGCAACUAA